GUCUAUAUGUCAAAACAUUUUGAUUAAAAAGAUGCAUUUCUCGAAAGCUAGUAAAUAAAUUAGAAAUUUUACACAAUACUUUCGGAAACAAUGUCUGGAGGUCUUAUAGAUAAAGUUUAUAUAGGCCUAGACAACGCGCCAGCCGCGUUCGAUAUUAAAUCCCGUAUUCUCGGGCCAAAUGGAACAAAUCUCGAAUAUAUUCGUUCAGAAACAGGCGUGUCUGCUGUGUUAAAAAGUGACAAAUUCGAACCAUUACAUCUCGCAUUGCAACAUACGCGUUCAGAGGCAUUGGCAGCUGCUCGCUCUUUAGCGCAGAAUCUCAUAGAGACGAUCCGAGCUGAGCUGGCUCAGUGGAGCGCCGCGCAGGCCGGGGGCCCGCCGCCUGCACUCAACGUCCCUCCCCCAGCGUUAACCACGACUACGGCGCCGCCGCCGAUACCCCCGCCUAUUGUAACUGUGGCUCUUUCGUCGACGUCUACAUUGAACACAUCGUCGAACCCUUCAGUCAUCCCGCCCGUGGUGAGCGUCGCUCCGUCGACACCAUUGAUGACAGUCCGACCGCCUACAGUGUUACAGUUACUCCCUCAACAGCAAUAUGUGCUUAACCAGGAAAAUGGCCAGCUAAUACCUAUUGUUCAGCCAGGAGUUCAAGUUUCGAACACAAACUUUACAUCGCUACCUUUGGCACAAUCAUUAGGUGCCUUACAACAGCACAAUUUUGGUCCCACGCAGAUUGUGGAUAUAUCCAAUAUGCAACCGGUGAAUGUAACCCAGCUGCGGCUCAGUGGGGUGCCGUCGUCUAUGUCAAUGAUACUGCCAAAUGGGUUAACAUUCCCACAGGCUACAUUCACAGGAGCGGACACUACAGUCUGCUCGGCUACAGCCACGCCAGUUGUGUGUGCCGCUCAGAGCACUAGCUCUUCUCAGAAGAUCCUGUAUAGUACUGAUAAGGGUGAUAAGGACAUCCGGUACCACAUCCAGGGCACAGACAUGCAAUGGACUGUGCCUGGGUCGCAGACUAUGAUAAUCCCAUAUCAGCAAUUACAAGAUCUGACGGGAAAUCAAACAGGUCUGACUAAUUUGCAGCCCCAGCAAUUUGUUUCUAUUGCCCCGGCAAAUAGUUUCCAACAAACAACCUUGCCGCUAUCGGCAGCUCAGUUGCAGCAAUUACAAGCAACUGGGACUAUAAUGCAGCUAAACCAAAAGCCCAUAGCAAGCAGUGCUCCUCUUAUUAACAUAAUAUCGACCGGCCAAGCCUCGUCGCCGCAAAUUAUAUCAACAUCGUCAACAAAUACAAAGAAUAUAUCACAAGAGUCGCGCGGUCAAAAAAGAUUGUCUGAUGGAACGCCGAGUCAGUUACAAUUGCGACCUAUUGCUCCUGCUGGGUCGCAUAGCCAGGACAAGAACUCUCGAGAUUCGCGCUCCUGGACUCCAGUUGCAGCUAAAGACAACACUGUGGUCAGCAUGGGGAUGAAGAUCAAUCCGGCUCAUGGAACCAUCAUUCAUGUGUCUUCCGGUCAGCAAACAAACGUAUCAGCGUCGGGAAUAACACACGAUGGGAUGUACAUAAAGCAGAUAGACAGAAAUUCUAUACAAAUACAAACAAGCAAAGAUGGGCAGAAGCAAGAUUUAACCACCAAUAAACUACAGACUACCGCUCAAAACGUUCAAAUGAUAACCGUUCCGCAGGGAAUGACUGUACUACAGAACCCAAUAAAUGUUAAUCAAAUGCCUACAGUACUUGGCCAGCCGAAUAGUCAAGUGUACAUGAUACCUACAAACCAACAGCAUCUUAAUCUUCAAAACGCAUUACCACCUGGCCUUAUUGGCCAGCAAGUUCUACAACCGGGACAAAACGUGACAGUGGUGCAACCGAACCAACUUGGAAUGCCCGGAGGUGUACAAUACAACAUGCCCCUUAUGCCCAUGAAUCUACCUCCGAAUUCCCACUUCAUGCCAGCAGGCAUCAAUCUCAAUCAACUCUCAGCACAGCAAUUAAAUGCUGCACUCGCUGGACAGCAGUUAACAAACGCCAACUUGUCGGGAACUAUACCCAUAGUACAAGCUGCCCCGCCACCCGCUUCGCCAUUGGCUGCUAAUCAAAACAUUCCGGUGUCACAACCGCCACCGAUGCAACAAAUACUUCCUCAGAACUCGUUUAUGACUCCCACAUCGCAGUAUCCAGGUCUACCACCGCAGUACAUAAUGCAAGCUAAUUCGGGUGCCAUUACUAUGCCACCAUCGAACCCCAACGUUCAAUACACGAUACCACCGACGCAAGAACAAACCACUCCGGCUCCCAGCAACGGCAAUGGACAGACUACUUCCACCGAUACCACAGAUUCUACGAUCGCGACAAACAAUCAAACGAACUAUAUUUCAUCAUCGUCUCAAGAUUCUGGAUAUGGGUCGUCAAUUCAAAGUCAGAGUCAACAAACUUUUACGUCUGAAGGAAAUACGACACCAACGGCGUCAUUUACAUCAACAAACCCGACUGGACAGCAACAGACGUACACGGCCAACGGGACGACCCAGAGUCAAAAUUAUAAUGGAAACCAAACGACUAACCAACCACCUAGCUACCCGGCGAAUGGAUCGACAGCACAGACUAUUAAUCCUUCAUAUGGUACGGGAAACACGCCGAUAUCGCAGAAUACGACGCAAACUAACUUCUCACCGUCGUCUACGCCGAUUCCGAAUCAGAAUUAUCCAGCGCCGAGCAUGCCUAACGUGGCUUAUCCGCCCAAUCAGAAUCCUUAUCCGAACGCGACAGGGCAGAAUCUAGCAGCAUAUGCGGGAAAUCAGUAUCAAUACACGAGUAGACCGUGGUUCAGGCCCAGAUAUGGCUCGCCGCAGGGCUCCCCCUACGGCCCGGGUGUUCCGCCCCCGAAUGGGCCUCCGAUGCCAGUUCCGCCUCCGCCGGGAAAUUAUAAUUAUUGGCAGGACAGUUGAGAUUUGGAGAACAUGAUCGAUACGGACGUUCUUCCGGAUUCCUAGCAAUUACCCCAACCCGACAAUGUGCUUUUGGGCUCGAAUGAUUUCGUCUUCCUAGGUCCAGUCAAUCCCAUGGACGGGUUUUAUUUCAAUGACGCUAAUAUGGGAUUUUAAACAGCGUAUGACCAUUCAUUCGUGAAAGAAGAGCCUAAAGCACAAGUAGGGUUUUCACUGACUAUCAUUAACAUGAACUGUAUUCUUAGAUAGUUAUGUGUUGUGCCUGCGAGAACGUAUAUGUCUAUAGUGUACUGUACAAUUGACAGAGACUGCUUUAAUAAUUAAAUUAGAAUAAAGUUUACAUUUUUAAAAUGUAUAGGUAUAAUAAUUGUAAUAUAAAAUAUAUAUUAUGAAUCCAAACA